GGGACCAAGAUCACUUCUUAGGACACGUGAAGAGAUGUAGGAUCGUUUAUCAUCUUAUUUUUCUGCCAGCAUUAAACAGGGGGGCUGCGGAGAAGAAGGGGGUGGUGCAUCUGAGCCAGGGAUCCUAUUACACACAUCCAGACUUUUUCAUGGCAAGUUUUUUGGAAGUGGGGGGAGGGCGAAUCUGCAACUUUCUCGGCCUGAUGUCUUUUUCAUCGCCAGCCUAAAUGCUUCAAAUGAAUACUUUGUAUGGGUUUGAGUUGAUGAUGCGUUUUUUCUAAGAGGCGAGGACAGUUUUGGGGAGCUGUUCGGAUUUGGAUAAUGAAGGAAUUCAGGAGGAUCCAUCAGGGAUCGGACGAGAAGUGCAGAAUAAAAAAGUUUGGGAGGACUGCGAGAAAACUUUGAAGCGCUCCGCAGAUUUUCCCCUCACCAUGCCGAGUUUGGAAACCUAUUCUAAUGAAGAAAACCUCAUCUUUGGGUUUCUUGGGGAAAAGGAUAACUGAAGCGCAAGAAUUCACAGUGAUCUCGCUUUUGCACAGUUGAAUCUCUUCUCUCAAGAUGUCUUCCCAGACUCGGAGCCCCAUUGUUGGAUUUUACGGGAUGCUUUGCGUCUGGGCUGCCUGGCUUUCAGGCUCCGAGGCGGUGUUGUCUCCAAACGGGACCAUAUUUGAGGAUAACUGCAAGAAAACCUCAACUUGUGAGGCACUUAAAUACAACACAUGCCUGGGAUCACCUUUACCCUACACACAUACUUCUCUGAUCCUGGCCGAGGACUCCGACACCCAAGAAGAAGCUUUUGAGAAGUUGACCAUGUGGUCCGGUCUGCGGAACGCUCCUCGAUGCUGGUCGGUCAUCCAGCCUCUGCUCUGUGCCGUCUACAUGCCCAAAUGUGAGAACGGUCGGGUGGAGCUGCCCAGCCAGAGCCUGUGUCUGGCUACGCGUCGACCAUGCAGCAUCGUGGACCAGGAGAGAGGCUGGCCCAGCUUCCUCAAAUGUGACAAAUUCCCUGUGGGCUGUUCGAAUGAGGUGCAGAAGCUGAAGUUCAACAUGUCCGGCCAGUGUGAAGCUCCCCUGGUGAAGACAGACAUCCAGUCCAGUUGGUACAAGGACGUGGAGGGCUGCGGGAUCCAGUGUGACAACCCUCUGUUCACUGAGGAGGAACACAAUGACAUGCACGCCUACAUCGCUUACUUCGGCACCAUCACCCUCCUCUGCACCUUCUUCACCCUGGCCACGUUUCUUGCCGACUGGAAGAACUCCAACCGGUACCCAGCUGUCAUUCUCUUCUACAUCAACGCCUGUUUCUUCGUGGGCAGUAUCGGCUGGCUGGCCCAGUUCCUGGAUGGAGCACGUGACGAGAUUGUGUGCAAGAGCGACAACACCAUGCGACUCGGGGAGCCCUCGUCUUCAGAGACGCUCUCCUGCGUCACCAUCUUCAUCAUCGUGUACUACUCCCUGAUGUCGGGUGUGAUUUGGUUCGUCAUGCUGACCUAUGCAUGGCACACGUCCUUCAAAGCCCUGGGCACCACGCACCAGCCGCUGUCCGGCAGAACCUCCUACUUCCACAUGGUCACCUGGUCCGUCCCGUUCAUCCUCACUGUGGCCAUUCUGGCUAUCGCUGAGGUGGAUGGAGAUUCAGUGAGUGGGAUCUGUUUUGUGGGCUACAAAAACUACAGAUACCGAGCUGGGUUUGUGCUGGCUCCCAUUGGAGUGGUGCUUGUGGUCGGCGGCUACUUUCUUAUUCGGGGUGUCAUGACUUUGUUUUCCAUUAAGAGUAACCACCCAGGACUGCUGAGUGAGAAAGCUGCCAGCAAAAUCAACGAGACAAUGCUGAGACUUGGUAUAUUUGGAUUCCUCGCCUUUGGCUUUGUUUUCAUAACCUUCGGCUGCCACUUCUAUGACUUCUUCAACCAGGCUGAAUGGGAGAGGAGCUUCAGAGAAUAUGUGCUGUGUGAAGCCAACGUGACAAUCGCCUCUCAGACCAAUAAGCCAAUCCCAGAAUGCACCAUUAAGAACCGGCCCAGCCUGAUGGUGGAGAAAAUCAACCUGUUCUCCAUGUUUGGGACGGGAAUUGCUAUGAGUACCUGGGUCUGGACCAAGGCCACCAUCCUCAUCUGGAAACGAACCUGGUGCAAGAUUAUUGGCCGUAGUGACAAUGAACCCAAGAGGAUCAAGAAGAGCAAGAUGAUUGCCAAGGCGUUCGCGAUGAGGAAGGAGCUUCACAAGGACCCGGAGAAGGAGCUGUCCUUCAGCAUGCACACCGUGUCCCAUGAUGGGCCAGUGGCUGGAAUCAAUUUUGAACUAAAUGAGCCAUCAAAUGACAUGUCAUCAGCUUGGGCGCAGCAUGUGACUAAGAUGGUGGCCAGGCGAGGUGCCAUCCUGCCUCAGGACAUCUCUGUGACUCCAACUGGUACACCAGUGCCACCUCCAGAGGAGAGGAACAGGCUGUGGAUGGUGGAGGCUGAGAUUUCUCCAGAGAUGAUAAAGAGGAAAAAGAAGAAGAAGAAGAGGAAGAAGGAGGUGCGUCCAGCGGAGGAGGCGGUGGACCACCAGGCUUAUCGGCAGCGUGAGUUUGGUCGCAGCUCAGUGCCUCGCCUGCCCAAACUGCCUAACCAUCCCAGUCUGGUGGCUAAUCUAAGGGAGCAGCAGAAGCUGCAGGAGGAAGUUCUGCCGGGGUCCUACCCGGAUUUCCAGCCCUCCCACCCCCUGUCCUGUGAGGAGAGGUGUCCUUACCCAGCUUACCAGAGCAGCCGGAACAGCUAUGGCCGCAUCCUGCUCUCUAACCCUCAAACCUUCAGCGACCGCCCAGAGGAUCUGGGUCUUGGUCCGCGCUGCCUCCCCUCAGGCUCCACAUGGCAGCCCAGUGGGUCUUGCCGCUACCCCAGGGAGGUGGAUCUCAAUGACGGGCUGUCGGAGAGGUUGGCCCAAGUGGCUCGGGUACCAGCAGGCCGAAGGGCCGGCUAUGGACCCAUUCACUCCCGGACCAAUUUAAUGGAGGCGGAGCUUAUGGAUGCUGACUCUGACUUCUAAGAGCAAAGCUCCCGUAUAUAUCUUUCUGGUACACAGACUGUAAGCUACAAAAAGUGCUGGAUACUUUCAAAAUUCUUACUAAAGUGCACCUAAGUCCCAAUGCCCAGACGCCAAGAUGGGACUGAGCUGGUUAGUUUUUUAUUUUUAUUUUUUUUAGAGAAAAAACAAAGGGAUAAAGUGAAAAAAUAUGUUGUAAAUAAGUUAAUGAAAAAAAAUAUUUUUUAUACUUUAUUUGUUUCCAAUAAAAUUUCAAAGGCAACUUCAUGAUGACAAGACAAAUGAGGCAGCUAAACUUUAUGUGGCUUGAAUCAGAUAUCUUUAUUCUGAAUCUCCUGUGCAUCCAUCAGCUAGUAUCCGCCCCGCCCUGUUUGUGAUGAAAUCAGCUCUAAACAUGGCAGGAAGUUAAUGUUCCAAGGAUGAAUCGCUAGUUAACACAGUCAACUUGUCUUUGAGAUUACCAGUUAGGACAUUUGAAGAUGAAGGCAGUCAAAUGAAAAAUAUUUUUACUGCCACGGAGCAGUGAAACCUCAUACAGAAGACCAUACAGGUUAGGAAUAAUGCUACGGGCUUCUUGCAAAUACUGUUUAACCCAGGUCUUCUUUUGUGUUAUAUUUUAAUGUUUUUCUCUCUUCCCACCACUAUUUAGCCAUUAAUUACUUGUGUUUAUGUACAGUUACCUUGAGGUACUAACUAUUAUCUCCCUUACUUAUUAAUACUAAUAUCACAGAAAUGAUUGCUGAGUGGCAGGACUUUGAGAGAAUUUGUGACACACACUGGGACUUACACAGACGCCAGGAAAUGUUAAAAUAAAUGGUAUAAUUAGUAUAAGACAAUUUAUUUUGUACUAGGUGAUAGGUCUCACAGCUUCACAUUGUGAUCAUUCACUUCAGAUUCAAACAUAACCCAAAUUAUUAUUUUGUCCUUCAAUUUUUUGACCUCUUU